AGCUUCAUCUCUUUUAGUUGGAAUUCCUCUCUCUCUCCCUCCCUCGCUCUUUCUCUCUCUAUCUGAUCGCGUAGCAACUGAAAUUGUAAAUUCUGCACUGAAAACCCUAGAAUUCGAUCACAAAAGCUUGUUUUUUUUUCAUCCGUGCGGGCCGUGCUGAUCUUUUAUCUCGCCGCUCAUCCUUUCUUGUCUUGUUCUACACGGUCCGAUCUUCCUCGCAAGAACCCUACUUGACUUCGUCUCUCAUUCACUUCGAUUAUCUCGAGCCUCCACUCAAUAGAUUCUCGGAAAAGAAUCGAUCAAUUUCGCAUCAGCAGCUUGAUUCGGGCAAUGCUUUUAAUCUCAAGAUGAAGUUGAAGAGGCGGAGGGCUUUAGAAGUGCCUCCCAAAAUUAGAUCCUUCAUCAACAGUGUUACUGCUGUCCCACUUGAAAAUAUUGGAGAACCUCUGAAGAGUUUUGUUUGGGAGUUUGAUAAGGGGGAUUUCCAUCACUGGGUUGAUCUUUUCAAUCAUUUUGAUUCAUUUUUUGAGAAACAUAUAAAAUCAAGGAGGGAUUUGCAGGUUGAGGAUAAUUUUUUGGAAUCUGAUCCUCCCUUCCCAAGAGAAGCUGUCCUCCAGAUUUUACGUGUUAUCAGAAUAAUUUUGGAGAACUGUACAAACAAGCACUUCUAUAGUUCUUAUGAGCAGCAUCUUUCGUCUCUGCUUGCAUCCACAGAUGCAGAUGUAGUUGAGGCUUGCCUGCAGACUUUAGCCGCUUUUUUGAAGAAAACAGUUGGAAAGUACACCAUAAGAGAUGCUUCGCUGAGUUCAAAGUUAUUUGCUUUUGCACAAGGUUGGGGGGGAAAGGAAGAAGGCCUUGGAUUAGUUGCAUGCGCGGUACAGCAUGGGUGUGAUCCAAUUGCUUAUGAUUUAGGUUGCACCCUCCAUUUUGAAUUCUAUACAGUGAAUGAGUCAUCAAAUGAAAUCCCAGUUGUAGAGCAGUCCACGCAGGGUUUACAAAUUAUUCAUUUGCCUAAUGUUAACAAUUGUCAGGAAACCGAACUUGAGCUUUUGAACAGGUUGAUUUCAGAUUACAAAGUACCCACAAGUUUAAGGUUUUUACUUUUGACAAGAUUACGGUUUGCUAGAUCUUUCUGCUCAUUAUCUUCCCGACUGCAGUACACAUGCAUCCGUCUGUAUGCUUUUGUAGUUCUUAUUCAAGCGUGCAGUGAUGCUGACGAGUUGGCUUCUUUCUUUAAUAAUGAACCUGAAUUCAUCAAUGAAUUGGUGUCAUUAUUGAGCUAUGAAGAUUUGGUCCCUGAAAAAAUUCGAAUUCUCAGCCUGCUUUCACUGGUAGCUCUAUGCCAAGAUCGGUCUCGCCAGCCAACAGUGUUGGCUGCUGUAACCUCUGGUGGACACCGUGGCAUCCUAUCUGGCCUUAUGCAGAAGGCCAUUGAUUCUGUCACUAAUGAUACAUCCAAAUGGUCUGUCGUUUUUGCUGAGGCUCUUUUAUCUCUUGUCACUGUUUUGGUCUCAUCAUCGUCAGGUUGCUCAGCCAUGCGGGAAGCAGGAUUCAUACCAACUCUCCUACCUCUUCUUAAAGAUACAGAUCCCCAACACUUGCAUUUGGUCAGCUCAGCUGUACACGUUCUGGAAGCUUUUAUGGAUUACAGUACUCCGGCUGCUGCCUUGUUCAGAGACUUGGGGGGUUUGGAUGAUACCAUUUUACGUCUGAAUGUAGAAGUGUCUUACAUAGAAAAUGGCUCAAAGCAACAAGGUGAAAGUUCUGACUGUAGUAGGCAGAGAACACAAGCAGUAUCAGGUACUUCAAUUGAGCUAGAUAACAUGCAGCCUCUUUAUUCUGAAGCUUUGGUUUCUUAUCACCGACGGUUGUUGAUGAAAGCUUUACUACGUGCUAUAUCUCUUGGAACAUAUGCAACUGGGAGCACUGCUCGUAUUUAUGGUUCCGAGGAGAGUUUGUUGCCACAUUGUUUGUGCAUUAUUUUUAGACGAGCAAAAGAUUUUGGUGGUGGGGUGUUUUCUCUUGCUGCUACUGUCAUGAGUGAUCUCAUUCACAAGGAUCCUACCUGUUUUCCUGUCUUAGAUGCUGCUGAUCUUCCUUCUUCAUUUAUUGAUGCUAUACUCAACAGUGUUAUUUGUUCUGCAGAAGCCAUAACAUGCAUACCUCAGUGCUUGGACGCCUUGUGUUUGAACAACAGUGGCCUCCAGGCUGUGGAAGAUCGGAAUGCUUUGAGGUGCUUUGUGAAAGUAUUUACUUCCAGAGCAUAUUCUCGUGUCCUUGCUGGUGAAACCCCAGGAUCCUUGUCUAGUGGAUUGGAUGAGCUAAUGCGCCACGCUUCCUCAUUGCGUGGGCCUGGAGUGGACAUGCUUAUUGAAAUCUUAAAUGCCAUUUCAAAAUUUGGAUCUGGAACUGACGCUUCUUCUGCUUCAGCUGAUUCUGGGAGCUCUUCUACUCCUGUUCCCAUGGAAACUGAUAUUGAAGAGAGAAACUUGGUUUCAUCAGAUGUCAGGGAAUUGUCGAAGAUGGAAAGUUCUGAGCAAAUUAUUGAGCCAUCUUCUGAUGCUUCAGGGGUGAACAUUGAGUCUUUCCUCCCAGAAUGUGUUAGCAAUGCUGCUCGGCUUCUUGAAACAAUUCUUCAGAAUGCUGACACCUGCCGUAUAUUUGUUGAGAGGAAGGGAAUUGAAGCUGUUAUGCAGCUAUUUACAUUGCCUUUAAUGCCUCUUUCCGUGUCAGUUGGUCAGAGUAUCUCUGUGGCUUUUAAAAAUUUUUCGCCACCACAUUCUGCUUCCCUGGCUCGCGUGGUGUGUUCAUUUUUGAAAGAACAUUUGAAAUUAACGAAUGAACUUCUUGUUUCCAUCGUGGGAACUCAACUUGCUAACGUAGAAGCUGCUCAGCGAACAAAGGUUUUGAGAUCACUUUCUAGCCUUGAAGGUGUUUUAUGCCUUUCAAAUUUCUUGUUGAAGGGGACUGCUUCUGUUGUCUCUGAAUUGGGUGCUGCAGAUGCUGAUGUUUUGAAAGAUCUUGGGAGUGUGUACAGGGAAAUUCUCUGGCAAAUUUCUUUGUGUUGUGAUUCCAAGGUGGAUGAGAAGAGGAAUGGUGGUGACCUAGAACCUGAAAGUGCUGAUGCAGCUGUAUCUAAUGCUGCUGGAAGAGAGAGUGACGAUGAUGCGAACAUUCCAGUGGUGAGAUAUCAAGUUUCUGCUAGGAAUGGUUCUCUUUCUCAGUGGGGUGGAGAGCGUGGGUUUCUUUCAGUGGUUCGCUCUAGUGAUGGGCUAAAUCGUCGUAGUCGGCAUGGCUUAACACGAAUACGGGGUGGAAGGGCCAGCCGACAUUUGGAGGCUUUAAAUGUUGAUUCUGAAGUUCCUGCUAAUUUACCAGAGACUUUCUCAACCCAAGAUUUCAAAAAGAAAAGUCCUGAGGUCCUUGUAUUGGAAAAUCUUAAAAAGCUUGCUUCUACUCUUCGUUCUUUUUUCACAGCUCUUGUCAAGGGAUUCACAUCACCUAACCGUCGUAGAGCUGAAUCGGGGUCAUUAAGUUCAGCUUCAAGGAGCCUUGGAACUGCACUUGCUAAGAUAUAUCUUGAGGCUCUUACUUUUUCUGGUUCUGGUGGGCUUGAUUUGUCUCUGUCUGUAAAAUGCCGUUAUCUCGGAAAGGUUGUGGAUGACAUGGUGGCACUCAUAUUUGAUAGCAAGCGACGUACCUGUUAUACAGCUAUGGUUAAUUACUUCUAUGUUCAGGGUACUUUCAAGGAAUUACUCACCACAUUUGAAGCUACAAGUCAGUUGUUAUGGUCACUACCUUGUUCUGUUUCAUCAUCUGCUAUUGAUCGUGAAAAAGCUGGAGAAGGAAGCACAUUGUUCCAUAAUUCAUGGUUGCUUGAUACAUUACAGAGCUAUUGUCGUUUGCUUGAUUAUUUUGUUAAUUCAGCUCUCCUUUUAUCACCAUCUGCACCGCAGGCUCAGUUGCUGGUUCAACCUGUUGCAGUUGGGUUGUCUAUAGGGUUGUUUCCUGUUCCUAGGGACCCAGAAACAUUUGUUCGUAUGCUGCAGUCUCAGGUUCUGGAUGUUAUACUUCCUGUCUGGAACCACCCCAUGUUUCCCAAUUGUAAUCUGGGUUUCAUCACAUCUAUUGUUUCACUAGUUACUCAUGUAUAUUCUGGCGUUGGAGAUGUGAAUCGCAAUCGCAGUGGUAUUGCUGGAAGUACCAGUCAACGGUUUGUGCCACCCCCACCUGAUGAAGCUACAAUUGCUACCAUAGUUGAGAUGGGUUUUACCAGGGCAAGAGCGGAAGAAGCAUUGAGGCGGGUUGAGACCAAUAGUGUUGAAAUGGCCAUGGAAUGGCUCUUUAGUCACGCUGAAGAUCCAGUGCAGGAGGAUGAUGAGCUGGCUCGAGCACUUGCCUUGUCUCUAGGAAAUUCAUCAGAAACAUCUAAAGUUGAUAGUGUUGACAAAUCGAUGGAUGUUGUGACAGAAGAGGGCCAUACAAAAGCGCCCCCUGUUGAUGAAAUCCUUGAUGCAUCAAUGAAGUUAUUUCAGACUGAUACAAUGGCAUUCCCAUUAACCGAUUUGCUUGUGACUCUUUGCAAUCGGAACAAGGGAGAGGAUCGCCCAAGAGUAACUUCUUAUCUUAUUCAGCAGCUAAAAAUCUGUCCAUUGGAAUUUUCAAAGGAUACCAGUGCAUUGGGAGUGAUAUCUCAUAUUUUAGCAUUGCUACUUUUUGAAGAUGGAAACACUCGAGAAAUAGCUGCGCAGAAUGGUAUCAUCUCUGCUGCAAUUGAUAUUCUAAUGAACUUCAAGGCUAGAAAUGAGUCAGGGACUGAGGUUUUGGUCCCAAAAUGCAUUAGUGCUUUACUGCUCAUCUUGGACAACUUGUUGCAGUCCAGGCCCAGGGUUUCUUGUGAGAAUACAGAAGGAACUCCAACAGGAACUCUUCUUGAUUCAACAGGUGAGCAUACACCCUUAUCUGAACCAGCAUCUGUUGCAGCAAAAAAUAAGGGUUCAGAUGUCAAUGAGAAGGAAACUUGCUCUUCCUUUGAGAAAAUACUGGGCAGAUCGACUGGUUAUCUCACAAUGGAGGAGAGCCACAGGGUGCUGAUAGUUGCUUGUGACUUGAUAAAACAGCAUGUCCCAGCUGUGGUCAUGCAGGCUGUUCUGCAGCUAUGUGCUCGCUUGACGAAAACACAUGCUUUAGCUGUGGAAUUCCUUGAAAAUGGAGGCAUGACUGCUCUUUUUAAUCUUCCUAGAAGUUGCUUCUUCCCAGGCUAUGACACCCUUGCAUCUGCUAUUAUACGCCAUCUCCUUGAAGACCCUCAGACUCUGCAAACUGCUAUGGAGUUGGAGAUACGCCAAACCUUGACUGGAAGCCGCCAUGGUGGCCGUAUCUCCCCACGAACGUUUUUGACGUCAAUGGCACCUGUUAUCUCUAGAGAUCCUGUUAUCUUCAUGAAAGCUGCAGCUGCAGUGUGUCAGUUGGACUCAUCCGGAGGCAGGACUGUGGUAAUGUUGUCAAAAGAAAAAGAGAAGGAGAAGGACAAACCGAAAGCAUCUAGUGUUGAACUUGGGUUGUCAUCUAAUGAAGGUGUGCGGAUUCCAGAAAAUAAGGUCAACGAUGGUCCAGGUAAGUGCGCUAAAAGCCACAAGAAGAUUCCCGCCAAUCUCACUCAGGUUAUUGACCAUCUUCUUGAGAUUGUAUUGAAAUACCCUUCAACGAACAGCCAGGAAGAUUGUGCAAGUUACUUGAAUGCUAUGGAGGUAGAUGAACCUGCCACCAAAGUAAAGGGUAAAUCAAAGGUUGAUGAUGUGAGAAAGAUGGAGUCAGACAGUUUGUCUGAAAGAUCUGCAGGGCUGGCUAAAGUGACUUUUGUCCUCAAGUUAUUGAGUGAUAUUCUUCUGAUGUAUGUACAUGCAGUUGGGGUUGUAUUGAGAAGGGAUUCAGAAUUGUGUCAACCCCGUGGGUCUAGCCAACAAGAUGGACCUGGACAUGGUGGGAUACUUCAUCAUGUAUUACAACGACUUCUUCCACUAUCUAUAGAUAAGACAGCAGGACCUGAUGAAUGGAGAGACAAAUUGUCUGAAAAGGCCUCAUGGUUUCUUGUGGUUCUUUGUGGUCGUUCUGGUGAAGGACGUAGACGUGUUAUUCAUGAGCUUGCAAAGGCUUUAUUUUCAUUCUCGAACUUGGAGAGCAAUUCUUCAAAGAGCAUCUUAUUGCCUGAUAAAAGAGUUUUUUCUUUUGUUGACUUGCUAUAUUCAAUUUUGUCAAAAAAUUCUUCCUCCAGCAGCCCCCCUGGUUCAGGUUGCUCACCGGACAUAGCAAAAAGCAUGAUAGAUGGAGGAAUGGUCGAGUGCCUAACCAGCAUUCUUCAGGUGAUUGAUUUGGACCAUCCUGAUGCUCCCAAAACUGUGAAUCUUAUACUGAAGGCUUUGGAAAGUCUAACAAGGGCUGCAAAUGCCAGUGAGCAAGUUUUUAAACCUGAUGGCCUGAAUAAGAAAAAGUCUGUUAGUUCUAAUGGGAGAUCUGGUGACCAGGUAAUUACACAGUCGGCCACAGGGACUGCAGAUGAUAAUCAGAAUGGCAGAAUUCAACAUGAACAUGCAGAUGUGGCAGAAACUGAGCAAAGACAACCACAAGGAACUCCUCAAAGUGAAGGCGAUCAUGAUUCAAAUACCAAUCAGGCGGUGGAGCAAGAUAUGAGGGUAGAAGUGGAGGGUACAGUAGCGACUAAUCCACCUAUGGAACUUAAUAUCGAUUUCAUGCGUGAAGAGAUGGAAGAAGGUGGUGUGCUACACAACAAUGACCAAAUUGAGAUGACCUUUCGGGUUGAGAAUAGAGCUGAUGAUGAUAUGGGGGAUGAAGAUGAUGACAUGGGUGAUGAUGGUGAGGAUGAGGAUGAUGAUGAUGAGGGAGAGGAUGAGGAUGAGGAUAUAGCUGAAGAUGGUGCAGCUCUGAUGUCUCUAGCUGAUACAGAUGUGGAAGAUCAUGAUGAUGCUGGUUUGGGGGAUGAGUAUCAUGAUGAGAUGGUUGAUGAAGAGGAUGAUGAUUUUCAUGAGAACCGUGUUAUAGAAGUCAGGUGGCGGGAAGCUCUUGAUGGGUUGGAUCAUUUGCAGGUACUUGGGCCACCUGGCGCUGCAAGUGGUCUUAUUGAUGUUACUGCCGAACCUUUUGAAGGGGUGAAUGUGGACGACCUUUUUGGCCUCCGCAGGCCUUCAGGAUUUGAACGACGCCGUCAGACAGGGAGGACGUCCUUGGACCGAUCUGUAUCUGAAGGAAAUAGUGUUCAACAUCCUCUUCUCGUGAGACCAGCUCAGUCGGGGGAUCUGGCUUCAAUGUUGACAUCAGGUGGGAAUUCGUCAAGGGAGUUAGAAUCUGUGUCAGCUGGAAGCUUCGAGGUGGCUCAUUUUUACAUGUUUGAUGCUCCUGUCCUUACAUACGAUCAUGAACCAAGUAGUGUCUUUGGUGACCGUUUGGGUAGUGCAGCACCCCCACCAUUGACCGAUUAUUCUAUAGGCAUGGGCUCAUUGCCAUUGCCUGGACGAAGAGGCACAAGUGAUGGGCGAUGGACUGAUGAUGGCCAGCCGCAAGCAGGUGGUCAAGCUGCUGCUAUUGCACAGGCAGUAGAGGAGCAGUUCUUAUCUCAGUUGCGCACCACUGCUCCCUUAAGCAGUCCCGAAAGACAGCAGGAGAAACAACAAUCAGAUGUCUACCUUUCUGGGUCUGGGGAUGGUCAAUUGGUGUUGGAGGGAAACUACACAGACAGUCAACAAAGAGAAGGUCAGAAUGAAGUGAAUGGCAACGAAACAACACACCAAACUAAUCAGACAGUUGACAGUGCUUCCUGUCAAGGACAAGCGAAUAUAGAUUCUGCUGUGGAAGAAGCAGUUGAAUGCCCACAGGCACAUGAACCAAUGUCAACCCAAGCUGUUUUUCCAGACAAUACCCAAAAUGGGAAUGAUAGCAUGGAAAUUGCUGAAGGAAAUGCCAUCACCAGUGAGCAGCUACAGACAAUACCAGAGUUUGUAACAUCACCUGCAGAAUCCCAUGGUGAUCUGCAAUGUGGGGGAGGUUCUGAUGCACUUGCACUUCCCCAGGAUGAGCCAAUUCAGGCUGUGGGUGAUGAUGGGUCUUUAAGAACGGGUGGCCAGUCUUGCAAUCCGGGUGAUUCUCACCCUUCUGUUCAGGCAAGUGCCGACGUUGAUAUGAAUGGCACUGAUGCUGAAGGAAAUCAGAAUGAGCAACAUUUGCCUCUUUCAGAUGAGCCAUUGUCAAGACAAAACACUCCAUUUCUUCAUGAUGCUAAUCAAACUGAUCAAAGUAGUAUGAAUAAUGAAGCUCCUAGUGCAAAUGCUAUCGAUCCAACCUUUUUGGAGGCACUGCCAGAAGAUUUACGGGCAGAGGUUCUAGCUUCCCAGCAAGCUCAGUCUGAUUCAGCUCCAACAUAUGCUCCAGCCUCUGCAGAAGAUAUCGAUCCUGAGUUUUUAGCUGCCCUUCCUCCAGAUAUACAAGCAGAAGUGUUGGCUCAACAACGAGCACAGAGGGUUGCACAACAGGCUGAAGGACAACCAGUCGACAUGGACAAUGCUUCUAUCAUUGCUACUUUUCCUGCUGACUUGCGCGAAGAGGUGCUUUUGACUUCGUCAGAAGCAGUUUUGUCCGCGUUACCUUCUCCACUAUUGGCUGAAGCCCAAAUGCUGAGGGACAGAGCGAUGAGUCAUUAUCAGGCUCGCAGUAUUUUUGGAAACGGUCACCGAUUUAGUAACAGAAGAAAUGGUUUGGGGUUUGACAGGCAGACUGUGAUGGACCGGGGUGUUGGAGUUACCAUUAGCCGUAGAGCAGCUUCUGCUAUUGAAGAUAGUUUGAAGGUGAAGGAAAUCGAAGGAAAGCCUCUUAUGGAUGCAAAUGCAUUGAGAGCAUUGAUCCGGCUCCUACAGUUAGCUCAGCCUCUUGGAAAAGGCCUUCUGCAGAGACUUUUGUUGAACCUUUGCGCUCAUAGUGUUACGAGGGCAAUUUUAGUUCGUCUUUUGCUUGGUAUGAUCAAACCAGAGGCUGAAGGGUUGGUCAGUGGAUCGGCAAUGGUUAAUUCCCAAAGACUUUAUGGUUGUCAGUCGAGUGUUGUUUAUGGUCGAUCACAGUUGCUAAAUGGUCUACCUCCACUGGUGUUGCGCCGAGUUCUUGAGAUUUUGACUUAUUUGGCCACAAAUCAUGAUUCUGUUGCAAAUGGAUUGUUCUACUUUGAUUCUUCUUCUGUGCCAGAGUCAACUCCAAGGUAUUCAGAAAUGACAAAGGACAAAGGCAAGGAGAAAAUAGUGGAGGAAGGAGCUUCAUUGAAGCCUCUGGAUGACUCUCAGAAAGGAGAUGUUCCUAUGAUACUAUUCUUGAAGCUGUUGAAUCGACCAUUAUUUUUACGCAGUAUUCCUCAUCUUGAGCAGGUUAUGGGCCUACUUCGAGUAAUUGUUGAUGCUGCUGCAAAAAUAUUAGAGCGUCAAUCUGUGUCUGAACAGGAAACAGACAGCUCACAAAAUCUGCGUGUCAAUGAGGCUACAGGUGAAGUUCAAAAGGAUCCUGUCCCAUUGGAUCUGGUGUCUAACCAGGAGGAUAGUGGUGGAAGUGCUGAGUUAUCCAAUCCGGAUGGAAAGAGAAGCAGCCAAUUUUAUAAUAUCUUCUUGCAACUUCCGCAGCCUGAUUUGCACAAUUUGUGUUGCCUUCUUGGCCGUGAAGGGCUAUCAGAUAAGGUCUACAUGCUCGCCGGAGUGGUUCUGAAGAAGUUGGCCUCUGUUGCUCCACCCCAUCGGAAAUUCUUCACUUCAGAGCUUUCUGAGUUAGCUUGUGGUUUGAGCAGCUCAGCUGUCUCCGAGCUUAUAACCUUGAAGAAUACAGACAUGCUGGGUUUGAGUGCUGGUUCAAUGGCCGGAGCUGCAAUCCUUCGUGUACUACAAUCGCUUAGCAUUCUUACUGCACCUAAUAUUGAAGGUAGCAAGGGUAUGGAGAGUGAUGGGAAGCAGGAAGAGCAUGCUGUUAUGUGGAAGCUAAAUGUUGCCCUGGAGCCUUUGUGGCAAGAAUUGAGUGAUUGUAUAAGCAUGAGUGAGUCACAACUGGGUCAGAGCUCUUUUUCUCUGGCCGUGUCAAAUACAAAUGUUGGGGAGCAUAUGCAGGGCAGCUCUUCCUUAUCGCCUCCUCUUCCUCCUGGAACCCAAAGGCUUUUGCCUUUUAUCGAGGCUUUUUUCGUUUUAUGUGAAAAGCUACAAUCAAACCAUUCCAUCAUGCAGCAAGAUCUUAUCAAUGUAACAGCUCGAGAAGUCAAAGAAUCUGCUGGGAGUUCCGAUCAAUCAUCCAUGAAAUGUGAUUGGGAUUCUCAGAGGAGGCUUGAUGGCCCCCUAACAUUUGCAAGGUUUUCUGAGAAGCAUCGCCGUCUUCUGAAUGCAUUUAUUAGACAGAAUCCUGGAUUGUUGGAGAAGUCACUUUCUAUGAUGUUGAAGGCACCUAGGUUGAUUGAUUUUGACAACAAAAGGGCAUAUUUCCGUUCAAGAAUUAGGCUACAGCAUGAGCAAAAUAUAACUGGACCGUUGCGAAUUAGUGUUAGGCGUGCAUAUGUUUUAGAAGACUCAUAUAAUCAGUUGCGCAUGCGACCCAGUCAAGAUCUGAAGGGGCGAUUGAAUGUGCAUUUUCAAGGGGAGGAGGGUAUUGAUGCUGGUGGUUUGACAAGGGAGUGGUAUCAAUUACUUUCAAGGGUCAUUUUUGACAAGGGAGCUUUGCUUUUCACCACUGUGGGAAACAAUGCUACAUUCCAACCAAACCCUAAUUCUGUCUACCAGACUGAACAUCUUUCGUACUUCAAAUUUGUAGGCCGCGUGGUUGCAAAAGCAUUGUUUGAUGGACAGCUCUUGGAUGUUCAUUUUACUCGAUCGUUCUACAAGCACAUUCUUGGUGUGAAGGUGACUUACCAUGAUAUAGAGGCUGUUGAUCCUGAUUACUACAAGAACUUAAAGUGGAUGCUGGAGAAUGAUGUGAGUGACAUACCUGACCUUACAUUUAGUAUGGAUGCGGAUGAAGAAAAGCACAUUCUGUAUGAGAAAGCUGAGGUUACUGAUUAUGAGCUUAAACCUGGAGGAAGAAAUAUAAGGGUUACAGAAGAAACAAAGCAUGAGUAUGUGGACCUUGUUGCUGGGCACAUUUUGACAAAUGCUAUCUGUCCUCAGAUUAAUUCUUUUCUAGAAGGUUUUAAUGAAUUAGUACCCCGAGAACUUAUUUCUAUUUUUAAUGAUAAAGAGCUUGAGCUUCUAAUCAGUGGACUCCCAGAAAUUGAUUUGGAUGAUCUGAAGGCCAAUACUGAGUACACUGGGUACACAGUGGCAUCAGGUGUUGUUCAAUGGUUUUGGGAGGUUGUCAAAGCUUUUAACAAAGAAGACAUGGCAAGACUGCUUCAGUUUGUCACUGGAACAUCAAAGGUUCCAUUGGAUGGCUUCAAAGCAUUGCAAGGUAUUUCUGGUCCUCAAAGGUUUCAGAUUCACAAGGCAUAUGGAGCUCCGGAGCGGCUUCCAUCGGCUCAUACCUGCUUUAAUCAACUAGACCUUCCGGAAUACUCUUCCAAGGAACAGCUUCGGGAACGUUUAUUGCUUGCUAUCCAUGAAGCUAGUGAAGGGUUUGGCUUUGGUUGACCUGAGUUGCUGUAUGGUAUCCCUGCCUGCCCCAGCAAUGCCAGCAUUCCAUCUUCACAUUGUCAUGUACAUAGGGAUCAGCGACUAUGGUAGAAAAGGUACUUCAAUAUUUUGAGAAAUGGCUUGAAAGGAUUGUCAAUACUGUGGACACUUUCGAUAAAAAGUUACAGUUGAAGCAUGCAUUAUCCUUCGCUUAUAACACCACCCAGGCUUUCAAUGAAUGGUGAGCUCUGCAGCAGCCGUGGCAUAGAGAACAACUUUUUUUUUUGGUUUCUUGCCAUUGUCGACAUAUAUAUAUAUAUUCAGGGAGCAGAUGGUAUCUUGAAAGGCAUGUGUAUCUUUUUGUUAAUAUUGUUGUUCUGAUGUUAUGGAUUUAAUAUUCUUUAAUAUAUGUCAUUUCGGGCAAUUGGUUCUA